AUGUGGUGUUUAUUGGAUAUGGGCAUGGAGCAGAUUGUGUAUGCCUGUACUUAUCGGUCGCAUAGUGGUGAUCGGGAGACGACUCGGAUGUUCGACUAUCUCAGUGAGACGGCUGACAUGGUCCAACGUCGGUAUCCUGCUGCCCAAAUGGUAUUUCUGGGGGAUUUUAACGCUCACCACCAGGACUGGCUGUUCCCAUACCAGAAUACCGACCACGCCGGGAGAGAGGCGCUCAAAUUUGCUCUGUCGCUAGAUCUUACCCAGCUAGUCCAAGAAGCAGCACGAGUACCCGACGUUGACGACCAUACACCUAAUUGUUUGGACCUUCUGUUGACAACUGACCCUGACCGGUCCUCGGUAUCAGUUGCAGCUCCCCUGGGCACAUCUGAUCACUGUGUGGUAAAGUCAGUAUCUAACUUUCACCCUCUGGAUACAGGUCCUACCGGAACCAGACGUGUGUGGCGAUAUAAGUCGGCAGAUUGGGAUGAGAUGCGACACUUUUUUGCAUCCUACCCUUGGCGGCAGACUUGCUUCUCUUCCAGUGAUCCGUCGAGUUGCGAACAAGAAAUAUCGGAAGUGAUACGUCAGGGGAUGGAGUACUUCAUUCCAUUUGCUGAUGUAUCACUAGAUGGCAAGAUCCCUAGGUGGUAUAAUGCAGAAUGUGCCGAAGCUGCAGCCCGUAAGGACUCAGCGUUUGCAGCGUGGGCUGAAGCCCGUACCCUUAAAUCUCCGGAUAUAACUACGAGGAAGAGAGCGUUCAACUCUGCUGCCAAGUCCUACAAAAGGGUUCUUAAAAAAGCUCGUUUCAACCGUAUUAAACGCAUCGGAGCCCAACUAGCUUCCCAUCCGCGCGGUAGUAGAGCAUUUUGGUCACUCUCCAAGUCGGUUGAAAUGAGCUUCUGCCGUCCCUCGCUGCCUCCUCUGCUUAAACCAGAUGGAUCGCUGGCCUUUACUGCGACAGAAAAGGCUAACCUUUUAGCGAAUCUGUUUGCAGAAAAUUCGCUCCUUGAUGCAGGUAGUGCCUCACCGCCCAGACAUCCACCUUGCGACUCUGUUAUGUCAGAACUACGCAUUCGCCAAACUGAGGUUUUGAGAGUACUCCGUAACUUGGACGUGAAUAAGGUGAGCGAAAACAAUGAAAUGCAAUGGAUGAUGGCACAGAAGCAUCUUACGAUAAUGCUGAUCAAGAUGAUGACGGAAACAACAACCUGCAGUGGAGCAUUACGGUGGAUCAAGUUCAGACAUUUUGUUAUACAUAUGAAGAAGAGAUUUUCCCUUAUAUUAGGAUACUUACAAGCUGAUUUAGUUUAG